AUGAUGACCCAAAUAGAGACGACAGUGCAUUAUAAUAACGGAUUCGGAGAUGAGGAGGACUACAUGAUACAGGAGGAUGACUGGGACAGGGACAUGUUGCUGGACCCUGCCUGGGAAAAACAGCAAAGAAAGGUAAGUCAAGAGAAGAUGACCUGCAGAUAACAUAUUAAACAGUACAGUAGGACUACCUUAAGCACGGGAUUGGGAGAUUAUUAACUUUUUUUUUUCAUUUCCAUUGUGUUAUUAAUUUAAUAUUGAGUUAUUCACGUUUAGCGCAGGCUCCAAGCUCUGUCUCUGGUUCCUGGUAUCCUGGGGGGGGGGGGGCUCUUGGCUCCAGUUGACGGGAAUAUUGACGGACGGAUGCGCUGCUACCAGCUAACAAUAGCUCAAUGAGCGGCUCUUGAGACUGUUGCCAUUCCACUGAUAUGCGAGGAAUGAGAGCUGUCAACAGAUGCUUCUAACACAUGAUGACGUCCUUGGGAUUAGAAUGGAUGCUAUAUCUAAUUUUAACUUCGAGACCAAAAGGCAAUAUAGUAGAUUAAUCCAGUGUCCAAGAGUCUGAGUAUAGGGCCCCAACUCAGUAUCUGUCAACUGGUCUCAAACAGAAGGUUAUUAAGUCUUCCUUCCGAAAUGCUCUUAGCAACUGGCGUUAGGGGUGCUGAGAGUGUUGCAGCAACCCCUGAUAAAUCACAAUUUCAAAAAAAAUUAUACACUACCAGUCAAAAGUUUUUUGAAAACCUACUCAUUCGAGGGUUUUUCUUUAUUUUUACUAUUUUCUAGGUUGUAGAAUAAUCAAAACUAUGAAAUAACACAUAUAGAAUCAUAUAGUAACCAAAAAAGUGUUAAACAAAUCAAAAUAUAUUUUAUAUUUGAGAUUCUUCAAAUAGCUUCCCUUUGCCUUGAUGACAGCUUUGCACACUCUUGGCAUUCUCUCAACCAGCUUCAUGAGGUAGUCACCUGGAAUGCAUUUCAAUUAACAGGUGUGCCUUGUUAAAAGUUAAUUUGUGGAAUUUCUUUCCUUCUUAAUGCGUUUGAGCCAAUCAGUUGUGUUGUGACAAGAUAGGGGGGGAUAUACAGAAGAUAGCCCUAUUUGGUAAAAGACCAAGUCCAUAUUAUGGCAAGAACAGCUCAAAUAAGCAAAGAGAAAUGACAGUCCAUCAUUACUUUAAGACAUGAAGGUCAGUCAAUACGGAACAUUUCAAGAACAUUUAAAGUUUCUUCAAGUGCAGUCGCAAAAACCAUCAAGCGCUAUGAUGAAACUGGCUUUCAUGAGGACCGCCACAGGAAUCGAAGACCCAGAGUUACCUCUGCUGCAGAGGAUAAGUUCAUUAGAGUUACCAGUCUCAGAAAUUGCAGCCCAAAAAAAGGCUUCACAGAGUUCAAGUAACAGACACAUCUCAACAUCAACUGUUCAGAGGAGACUGUGUGAAUCAGGCCUUCAUGGUCGAAUUGCUUCAAAGAAACCACUACUAAAGGACACCAAUAAUAAGAAGAGACAUGCUUGGGCCAAGAAACACAAGCAUUUGUCCUUUGUCCUUUGGUCCAAAUUUGAGAUUUUUCGUUCCAACCGCCGUGUCGUUGUGAGACGCGGUGAGGGUGAACGGAUGAUCUCCGCAUGUGUAUUUUCCACCGUAAUCCAUGCAGGAGGAGGUGUUAUGGUGUGGGGGUGCUUUGCUGGUGACACUGUCUGUGAUUUAUUUAGAAUUCAAGGCACACUUAAUCAGCAUGGCUACCACAGCAUUCUGCAGCGAAACGCCAUCCCAUCUGAUUUGGGCUUAGUGGGACUAUCAUUUGGUUUUCAACAGGACAAUGACCCAAAACACCUCCAGGCUGUGUAAGGGCUAUUUUACCAAGAAGGAGAGUGAUGGAGUGCUGCAUCAGAUGUCCUGGCCUCCACAAUCCCCGACCUCAAGCAAAUUGAAUGGUUUGGGAUGAGUCGGACUGCAGAGUGAAAGAAAAGCAGCCAACAAGUGCUCAGCAUAUGUGGGAACUCUUUCAAGUCUGUUGGAAAAGCAUUCCAGUUGAAGUUGGUUGAGAGAAUGCCAAGAGUGUGCAAAGCUGUCAUCAAGGCAAAGGGUGGCUAUUUGAAGAAAUAUAUUUUGAUUUGUUUAACACUUUUUGGGUUGCUAAAUGAUUCCAUAUGUGUUAUUUCAUAGUUUUGAUGUCUUCACUAUUAUUCUACAAUGUAGAAAAUAGUAAAAAUAAAGAAAAACCCUUGAAUGAGUAGGUGUUCUAAAACUUUUGACCGGUAGUGUAUACACACAAAUAAUAAUAAUUGUGCACUAGGCCUUUAUUACUCCUGUAUGAGCGGAGAAAAAUACUUGUCAGCAGAGCAUUUCCCCAUUUCCCCACACUUUAUUGCUAUGGAAGAGGUUGAACUGUUCCUCAAAUAUCUUGGUUUAACGAGGCAAAACACAUAUUUAUUUGAGGUACAUGCUAAAGAAGACCUAUAUGCCUACUGAGGGCCUUCUGCCUGGUAUUGUUGGAUAGCAGUGUUGACCACGUGGGAUUUGUUUGCAGUUCUGAGUAACUUCUCUGGCAUCUUAAGUAGGGCUCUAUAUUAGCUUUCCCUAAUCAUUUCCCUCAACUUUAAUCCUAUUACCCAGUAAGAGCCACAGGGGAAGACAGGGCUGCCCUUGAAUAAGACCUGCUUGCACCCUGAACUGUCCUUACCUUUAUACAGUAGCCUAACAUGCCCAUUAGGCUACAAUGUUGUAGCACGUGCUAGGUGUUCCACCUGACACAACCAGGUAUGCCACCCACUGAUUUAGCCUUGUGUAGUGAAAAUAACCUUGGCACAUAAGACAUUUUUGGAACCAAGACUGAAAUCAAUGAAGAAACAGCCUCCAACGUGCUCAGGUGUUUGAACAAGUUUGAAGUUAUAUAGUAAAAUCACCUAUUUCCCUUUUCUUAUAUACAAAUAAAUGUAAGAUUCUUAAACGCCUUACAAAACAUUAUUAAACUUAGAUUUUUUACCUCCAGACCACACCGCAUAAAGCCGCAAAGGCUCAACUACUUCAAUGAUGGGUGGUCCUCAUUGGACAUGAUUCAUGAAUAUAUUUAGCUCUGAUUGUCAGAGCUGUUGGAGUGGGGAAAAGGGGUGGGGGGUCUGCAGCUCUGGCGAGGUCAGGUCUGGAGGGCCAGCCAUGUUUUAACGAGGAGGCAGCCGUUCAAUGUCACAUGCACUUUGGUCUCUUUUGUCAUGUGUAAUGCGGUCCUUUGUUUCAAAGCCUCUAAUAUUCCUAAUUUAGACAGAGGUCCCACCGGGCAGCCUCUCCAGACGGGUGGCAUUAACCCACAGCCCUCUGGGGGACCAGGCUAUGUGCUAUAAGACGGGUGGCAUUAACCCACAGCCCUCUGGGGGACCAGGCUAUGUGCUAUAAGAACUUAAGGGCCAGAGGAUCACUCUCCCAGUCAUGCUGUGUGAACUGGAAUGGCUUGAAAACAGAGCAUGUCACUGAAGCAUACAAACAUUCCCUGUGUUUACACAGUACGGUCAACACUGUAGAUGAAAGCUGGAGGCAGAUUGAGAGAUCACAUUCCUGGUUGUUGUGAGGAGUCAAAUUGAGGCUGAUCCACUGAGGCUUUUUGAGAAGAGAUGUUCAAAAUAUCCCAUUCAAUAUACUGUAGAGCACUCCCAGUUUGUGACACAUCCAAGAAAUUACACAUUUAGGUGUUUCAAUUUAGGCCCAUAGCCCUCCGUCCAUUUUAGCCUCUGCCCUUUCGGUAUUCACAUAUCUAGAAGGACUGGAUAGAUAGUGAAAGCAAUAUGGCGAUAGCUCCACUUAGCAUUUGUAUUUAUUUAUCAGACAAUAGUUAUCAUUUUAGUAAAAGUGUGUCUCUUUACUUUGCAAAGAGAAACACGUGUAUGCAUGUGACAUUUUCCUCUCAUCUUGAUAUUCAGUUAAAAUGUUUUCUUCCUGUCUCUUAUCACUAGGACCGCCAGAGCAGGCUAAAUUGAACACCUUAUAUCAUCUGGAAUGUGAGCUAGGGGCUUCUCAGGGCUUUCAACGGUACAGUGUUGAUUGCCUGUGGGUUCUGUUUGCUGUUGUGAGAUAGAGUAACUUAAUAUAAACAUAGCAGGAGAGAGUUCUCAUGUUGAAGUCUUGCAUAACGAUACAGUACAAAGCAUGAAUUAAAAUCAAAUUCAUGUGUAUUUUAUGGACCAGAGUCAUCACAAUUUAUGACCGCCGGCUAAGUCCUGCUAAGCUGUUGUCUUGUAUGUUUACAACCAGGCUAGUCUUGUAUGUUUACAACCAGGCUAGUCUUGUAUGUUUACAAACAGGCUAGUCUUGUAUGUUUACAACCAGGCUAGUCUUGUAUGUUUACAACCAGGCUAGUCUUGUAUGUUUACAACCAGGCUAUACACUAGAGCUAGGCGAAAUGGAGAAAAAUCCAUAUUGUGAUGAAAGACAUUGGGGAGGUAGCUACUUUCAUAAUGUAUGGUUGGCAAACACUUUCAAGUGGGAAGGGUAUAUGAGCCUUCCAAUUGGAAAAGUUAAUGUAAAAUUCACUGUUCAAGUUUUAAAACAUUUUGGAACAUUCUACCCUUGAUGAAUAAGACCCUUGAUGGAAAACUCACUCAAUGUUCUCUGAUGAGCUCACAGGAAGUCUCGAUCAUCAAUGCUCAACCCCAUCCUAAUUUGAAGUCACUGCAUCAAAGUUAUGUGAAAAUUAAAUUGUACUAUUUGUAUUUUACUCACCAAAAUAUCAUUUCAUUUGUAGACCUUCACAGCUUGGUGUAACUCCCACCUGAGGAAAGCAGGAACACAGAUUGAGUACAUUGAGGACGACUUCAGGAAUGGCCUCAAACUCAUGCUUCUCUUGGAAGUUAUUUCAGGUACUGUUUGUUUAAUAUAUAGUUGAAUACAUUGAUUGUUAGUGAUUACGCUUAGAGUUAAAUGCUGUUUCUUUCCCUCAGGUGAGAGGUUACCCAAGCCUGACAGAGGGAAGAUGCGUUUUCACAAGAUUGCCAAUGUCAACAAAGCCCUGGAUUUCAUCACCAGCAAAGGAGUGAAACUUGUCUCUAUUGGAGCUGAAGGUGAUGUUUUAUUCAGGCAGUACUUCAUGUUCAGGCAGCUCAGUAUCUUUUGACUUAUUUGAUUCAUCCAUUCAUUAUUUUACAUUUUAGUCAUUUAGCAGAUACUUUUAUCCAAAGUGAUUUACAGGAGCAAUUAGGGUUAAGUGUCUUGCUCUAGGACACAUCGGUCGAUUUUUCACCUAGUCGGCUUAGUGGUUCGAACCAGCGACCUUUCAGUUACUGGUCCACCGCUUUUAACAUCUAGGCUUCCUGCCGCCCCAUUAUCUUUUUGAUAAUUCUCUGAAGCAGUUCCUACUCUAAUUAUGUGAUGGAUCUGAUGGUAAUUGGAUGUUUUCUCCCCAGAAAUUGUGGAUGGUAACAUUAAGAUGACUCUUGGAAUGAUAUGGACCAUCAUCCUCCGCUUUGCCAUCCAGGACAUCUCUGUAGAAGGUAAGAUAGAACAAUUCAAACAAAAUAGCAUACUUAAAAAAAUCAACUGCCUUUAUUACUAUUGUAAAUAGGUUAUGUCCUGCAUAAUGUUUUUAUUCUGCAGCUAUCUUCUUGGCCAGGUCUCCCUUGAAAAGAGAUGAUCUGUAUUGACUUCCUGGUUAAUGAAAUAGAGAUCUCACUGGGGAAUAGCUCUGUUGAAUAAGUAUUUCUCUCUCCUCUCAGAAACCUCUGCAAAGGAAGGCCUUCUCUUGUGGUGCCAGAGAAAGACUGCCCCCUACAGGAACGUCAAUGUCCAGAACUUCCACGUUAGGUGAAAACACUUUUGUAUUGUAUUUUUUCUAUUUUAUUAUAUUCUGUACUUAUGUGUUAGUACUAAGUGAUAAGACAGGCAAAGCUUGCAGACACUGUAGCUCUCUAGGACCAGUGAUGGUAAACUCUGCUUUACUCAGUUAUUAUGCCACUCUGACCUCUGACCUGGUUAUCUCUGCUGCCUGCUGGUGAAGCUGGAAGGACGGACUGGCCUUCUGUGCCCUGAUUCACAGACACAGGCCUGACCUCAUCGACUACGCUAAGCUCAACAAGGUCUCUCGUGUGUCCCAAACACUAACCUUGAUGGUGUCAAGUGCCUCCAACAUACUAACAGAGAAGGGUUCCUGAUGUCCAGAAUAGUAACUCCACAGUCUUUUCCCACAGCAUGGAUUAACAGAAAGCUAUUGACCUUUGAGAAGCAGAUAUAAGAGUGCUUUGUUAUGUUUAACUUGCCCAAUCUCUCCUUACUGAUGUCUGCAUUCACUGUCUUAAUGACAUGCUCACCUGGCCCACCAUUAUAUAAAGCUGGAAGGAUGGGUUAGCCUUCUGUGCCCUGAUACACAAACACAGGCCAGAUCUAAUCAACUAUCACAAUCUGAAGGUAUCGUAUGUGUAAAUAAAAAGUGGACUAUGUUGUGUGUAGAAUUGUGUGUACAGUGUGUAGUUCUAUGCUGUUCAAGGUUUCUCCUUUCUAUGGUAGACUGGGUCACUGUAGUGCAUUCAUUAGAGUUCAAGAGUAUAUUAGUGUAUCGGUGUUCAGGUGUUGUUUAUAGACACAUUUUGUAAAAUAAAAUGUGGACGUGUAAAGAGUAGGCUACAGUGUGGAAUCUACACGUUUCUCCUUACACCUUGGAAGCUGUGGCCUUGUUAAUAGUGAGUGACAUUUACAUCUCCAUCCUGAACUGACUUAGUCCUGACUGUGAAUAGACAGAGAAAUGUGAGUCACAUCCCAGGAGAGCCCAGGGUUUACCUCAGCUGUGGCUGGCAGAUACCUCUGCCUGGUACUGCUCUUUAUAGGGCAAUCAAUCUAUUCACGGUUGUAUGGAAACAGACAGGAAAAUGGAUUGAUCUGUGGAACCCAAACCUUUCGGAAAGCCAGAGGCUUUGGGUUUCAGUAGAGGUGUCCCCCCCUCUCUCAGACAUAUGCACACACACACACAGACACACACACCUAUAUCAGAAUCACCUUUAAAUGCCCCCCCCCCACCAACACUCCCACACAUGCAUUGAGCCCAGACAGAUCCUGUCAGCUGUCGUGUCUGGCUCCAGGUGAGUGGGCUCAGUAAGCCCUGAGUGUUAGCUUGCUGAAAUGGCUCCGUGUGGGGAACAGGCCCAUGGGUAUCUGCCCACCCUGGAUCUCUGCAGCUGCCACUGUCCUGUAACAGGCUUUUUCCUCUCGGCCGGCAUCAGUGGAACAGACUUAGGACAAAAUCAGCAGCAUGAGCCCUCUCCUCCCACUAAACACACUGACUCACCCUACUCCAUUACUACUCCAUUAGUGAGGAGGCACUUACUGACUGUCUGUCACCUGUUUAGUUAAUACCAUCACUGGAUGCAGGACAGUUUGUAAACUGGUUUCAAAUACUGUUUUCUCAUAUAAAAAGUAAAUGAAAAGAUUACUUUGGGUAUUAAUUUAAUUGGAAAGUAUGUUUCUAUAAUAUUGAUCUUUUUCUAGGAUGAUCCAAUGGGGAACCUGAACCUGGCGUUUGAAAUAGCAGAGAAGCACCUGGAUAUUCCCAAGAUGCUGGACGCAGAAGGUAAUGUCUUCUAAGGAAACAAAGUUUUGAAAAUCGGCAUUAGCUAAAGUCAUGUCGUUCUGCUCAUUAUGAAAACAUAAACCAUCUUAUCUGGUCCUGUUAUGGUGGGAGUCAGAUUGUGGUUUUGUUGCAGGAUUGCCUGGAGGAUUGUCUUCAUGCACAUUGUAUGCACAUUGUAAUGAUAAAGUCCUAUCUGCCUGGUCUCCCCACACAGAUUUUAUAAGCUCAGCCAGGCCAGACGACAGGACUGUUAUGACCUAUAUGUCCAGUUUGUAUCACACAUUUGCAGUGGUACAGAAGGUGAGGGGACAUUGAUGCUGUGUAGUCCUAGUGUCAAGGUGACCAGGUCCUUGUUUAGAUCCCUUUGCCAUAGACCACCCCACCUUCCCUCCAGGAUAGCCCUGGGCUAAGUUCAGGUGUGGAGUCGAUCUGUGGUCCUUCUCCUCUGUCAGUGUUCUUGUGUUUCCUGUCUCCACCUUCCAUAUCUUCCUUCUUCUCUACUUGUCGUCUGUCACCCUCUUCUGUCCCUCCCGCCCUCUGUAGACAUCAUCAACACCCCCAAGCCUGAUGAGAGAGCUAUUAUGACCUAUGUGUCCUGCUUCUAUCAUGCAUUUGCUGGAGCCGAGCAGGUAUACAGCUUGCACCAUGAACAAUUUGAAUCGAGUUUGUGAAUGCAAUGUGUUGUGGGUACAAUACCUCCUAAACCAAUUGAUGAGGAUUACCAUAUGUCAAUCACUCCUCUCUAGCCUAUGAGUUGUUUGAGAUCAUAAUUCUACUGAGUUGGUAAAUUGUGAGUUUCACAUUGAAAUGAAUGUUUUUGAAAUGAUGCACACAGAUUGCAUUAAAGGAAUGACUUAAAUGGUGUGUGCGUGUUGGGGGGGGGGGGUGUAAUGUUGAAUUGUAUUGUGUGAGGAAUAGCACUAGAUAUGCGACAAGAACCACCUCACCUCUCUUUCCCUUCCUCCCCCACCACCUCUCUUUCCCCUCCUCCACCCCCCUCACCUCUCUACUAAACACCCCCCCCGUUCCCACCUCCCUCCGGCUCAUCUUCCCUCCUUACCCGCCCCCCCACCUCUCUUAAAAACCCCCCUUUCCCUCCUCACCCUCAUCUCUCUUUCCCCUCCUCCCCCCCCUCAUCUCUCUUUCCUCCUCCCCUCCCUCUCUUUCCCCCCUUUCCCCCUCCUCUCCUCCCCCCAAUCCCUUUUCCCCUCCCCUCAUCUCUCUUCUCCCUCCCCCCUCAUCUCUCUCUUUCCCCUCUUCUCCCCCUCCCCUCCUCAUCUUUCCUCCUCCCUCCCCUCACCUCUCUUCCUCCCCCUCCCCAUCCUCCUUUCCCCCUUCCCCCUCUUCCUCCUCCCCUCCUCCCCCCUCCCAUCUCUCUUUCCCUCCCCCUCUUUCUUCCCCCUUCCCCCAUCUCUCUUCAUCCAUCCCCCUCCCCUCAUCUCUCUUUCCCCCCUCCCCUCACCUCUCUUUCACCCCUCCCCUCACCUCUCUUUCCCCCCUCCCCUCAUCUCUCUUUCCCCCCUCCCCUCAUCUCUCUUUCCCCCAUCCCCUCCCCUCACCUCUCUUUCCUCCCUCACCUUGGUAGGCUGAGACGGCGGCCAACAGGAUCUCUAAAGUGCUGGGUGUGAACCAGGAGAAUGAGAAACUGAUGGAGGAAUACGAGAGGCUGGCCAGCGAGGUAAAGCAACACAGAAGCAUACAUUUGGACGUAUGCUUUCAUAUUGGUGAACUCUCUCAGGAGAGCUACUUCUACCCCAAUCUGAAUACUCAAAAAGUCCACCGUCUCACACAAACUCGUAGGAAUGGAAUUUCCCAGUAUUCAAAUCAAAUUCAAUGUCCAAUUCAACUUAACAGAAUUGAGAUGAAUGACAACACAUCAAUCCCAAAGCUCCACCCCAUCACCACCCUCUGUGUUCCGUAGCUACUGGAGUGGAUCCGCCGGACUACCCCAUGGUUGGAGAACAGAACUGCAGAGAAAACCAUGGUUGAGAUGCAGAGGAAGCUGGAGGAUUUCAGAGACUACCGCCGCAUGCACAAGCCCCCCAAGGUGCAGGAGAAGUGCCAGCUGGAGAUCAGCUUCAACACCCUGCAGACCAAGCUGCGCAUCAGCAACCGUCCCGCCUUCAUGCCCUCUGAGGGAAAGAUGGUGUCUGUAAGUGUAAACACCCAGCAUUCAAUGAUAAAUCAUAUCAAACUGAUGAAACACAAGCCACCAGUCGAAGUACAGUAGCUAUGGAUAUAGAUCAUCAAAAUACCAAAGGUAAACACCAUGGCACUCUUACCAAAAUGCUGAUAGAGUUAAAAAGCCUUUUUAAUAGCCUAUCUACUGAGCGUGGUGCUUUGCUGGUUUUGACCCGGGUCUUUGUGUCUCUGUGUGGCUGUAGGACAUAGCCAGUGCAUGGCAGGGGCUGGAGGGUGCAGAGAAAGGCUACGAGGAGUGGCUUCUGACAGAGAUCCGCAGGCUGGAGAGACUGGACCACCUGGCUGAAAAGUUCCUCCAGAAAGCCACCACCCAUGAGACCUGGGCUAAUGGUCUGUCUGGGACAUGAUUGUCUGUCUGUCUGUGGAGGGUUUACUUAUGUUCCUGGUUUGUCUAGAGUUUGACGUUUGAAUGUAAUUGAUUAGCUCCAAAUCCUUUGAGAUUUGUCAAUGGGAAAAUGUCAGUAAAUCUUCAGCAUUUGUUUUUGCUAAUGGGAGGUUCAUGACCCCCCCCCCCCUCUCUCUCUCUCUCUCUCUCUCUCUCUCUCUCUCUCUGUGUGUGUGUAUGACCCAGGGAAAGAGUUGAUUCUAUCUCAGAAGGACUACGAGACAGCCACCCUGACGGAGGUGCGGGCAUUGCUACGGAAACACGAGGCAUUUGAGAGUGAUCUGGCUGCUCACCAGGACAGGGUGGAGCAGAUCGCUGCCAUCGCACAGGAGCUCAAGUACGGACCCUUCCUCUAACCCUCCCAACCAUCGUCCCAACCAAGUCCUAUUCCUAAAAUCAUGGUUUUGACAAGGACUACAACUGGCAUUCUAUUUAAAUUAUACCAAACAGUCUGAAGUUGCUCUUCAUUAACCUAUAUGCUUCCUGUGGUGUUGUGCAGUGAGCUGGACUAUCAUGAUGUGGCUGCUGUCAACCAGAGGUGCCAGAGAAUCUGUGACCUGUGGGAUCAGCUUGGUACACUGACCCAGAAGAGGAGAGAGGCUCUGGAGGUGAGUGGAGGAGGUUGAGGUUUGGGACAUGACGUUAUAUUCCCAGCUAAGCUAAACUGGGCUAAGCUGCUGUGCCCAGUGAAAAGUUAGCCGGCACAGUACAGCUUGGUAGUGUUGGAAAGAGAACCAGUUCCAUGAAUCCAGAAGAGAGCUGAGGAGGUUAAGCAGUGAAUGACGUUACCUUGGGGUGGGGUGGAUAGUUCACAGGACUACUUAACCCAUAACAAAGCUAAAUCUCAUGUAUAUUAUAGUGAGAUAGCUAGGGGUGGGGCAUGAAGACAGCUGAUUGAGAUAAGGGGAUGAAAUGAAGGCACAUUUACAGUUCCUUCAGAAAGUAUUCAUACCCCUUGACUUUUUCCACAUUAUGUUGUGUUACAGCCUGAAUUUAAAAUGGAUUAUAUUGAGAUUCAUGGUCACUGGCCUACACACACACAAUACCCCAUAAUGUCAAAGUGGAAUUAUGUUUUUAGAACUACUUACAAAUUAAUAAAAAAUGGUAAGCUGAAAUGUCUUGAGUCAAUAAGUGUUCAACCCAUUUGUAAUGGCAAGCCUAAAUAAGUUCAUGAGUAAAGAAUUUGCUUAACAAGUCACAAAAGUUGCAAUAAUAGUGUUUAACAUGAUUUUUGCAUGACUACCUCAUCUCUGUACCCCACACAUACAAUUAUCUGUAAGGUCCCUCAGUUGAGCACUGAAUUUCAAACACAGAUUCAACCACAAAGACCAGGGAGGUUUUCCAAUGCCUCGCGAAGGGAACCUUUUGGUAGAUUGUAAACAAACAGACAUUGAAUAUCCCUUUGAGCAUGGUGAAGUUAUUAAUUACAUUUUGGAUGGUGUAUGAAUACACCCAGUCACUACAAAGACACAGGCGUCCUUCCUAACUCAGUUGCCAUGAGGCCAAUGGUGACUUUAAAACAGUUACAGAGUUUAAUGGCUGUGAUAGGAGAAAACUGAGGAUGGAUCAACAACAUUGUAGUAACCCCAUAAUACUAACCUAAUUGACAGAGGGAAAAGGAAGCCUGUACAGAAUAUACAUAUUCCAAAACAUGCAUCCUGUUGGCAACAAGGCACUAAAGUAAUACUGCAAGAAUUGUGGCAAUGCAAUUCACUUUUUGUCCUGAAUACAAAGUGUUAUGUUUGGGGCAAAUCCAACACAACACAUUACUAAGUACCACUCUCCAUAUUUUCAAGAAUAGUGGUGGCUGCAUCAUGUUAUGGGUAUGCUUAUAAUCGUUAAGGACUGUGGAGUUUUUCGGGAUAAAAAAUAAACUGAAUGGAGCUAAGUACAGGCAAAAUCCUAGAGGAAAACCUGGUUCAGUCUGAUUUCCAACAGACACUGGGAGAUGAAUUCACCUUUCAGCAGGACAAUAACCUAAAACACCAAAUCUACAUUGGAGUUGCUUACCAAGAAGACAGUGAAUGUUCCUGAGUGGCCGAGGCACAGUUUUGACUUAAAUCUGCUUGAAAAUCUAUGGCAACACCUGAAAAUGAUUGUCUAACAAUGAUCAACAACACAUUUGACAGAGUUGAGUUUGAGUUCAGGCUGUAACACCACAAAAUGUGGAAUAAGUAAAGGGGUAUGGAUAGUUUCUGAAGACACUGUAUCUAGAUAUGGCUGCCUGUCCAGUAUCUAGCUGGCAGGAUACCCACAGUCCUUUUCCUCUGAGCCCCUCUGAUCCUUACUGGGCGCUCAUGACCUACAAAGGUGUCAAGACCCACAGCCAGGCUUGGGGUUAGGCUGCUGUCUGCCCCAUCUCCCUGCCCAAAGGGAGGGGUCUAAUCCAUGCAGACCACCUUGCCAACUCAGGGGUCAAUUGGGUCAUGUCAAUGUGAUGCAUCCUGGGAUUAACAGUCCAAACAGGCAAUGUUGAUUAAUUGUCAAUGGGAUGAAUGACAAGUGUUUUUAUCUCUUCUGUUUUCCAGAGGACAGAGAAAUUGCUGGAAACCAUUGAUCAGUUGUUCCUGGAGUUUGCCAAGAGAUCAGCACCUUUCAACAACUGGAUGGAAGGGGCCAUGGAGGAUCUGCAGGAUAUGUUUAUUGUACACACUAUCGAUGAGGUCCAGGUACGUAUCACUCGCUAUUAAUAUUUUUAUCAUUCUAUCGUUGUUACAACUGUUACGUCAUUUUGACACAGUGCCCAUUACUUGCCACGUUCUUGAAUGUACAAGCCAACACUGCAACUUCUACUCUCCUCCUCCUCUGCAGAGCCUGAUCUCUGCCCAUGAGCAGUUCAAGGCCACCCUCCCAGAGGCAGACGGAGAGAGACAGGCCAUCCUCGGGAUCCACAUGGAGGUGCAGAAAAUCUCUCAGAGCUACGGCAUCAAGGCCAACCUAAUCAACCCCUACAGCACCAUCACCACAGAGGAGCUCCUCGCCAAGUGGGACAAGGUAGGACCUCGAAAUUCACAUACGUACACUUGAGACACGCAUGCGCAUACAUAGUCACUUUCUAUGUCAGAUUGAUGUAUGUGUUGUCGCCAUGUUGCUGACCAGGUGAAGAAGCUGGUUCCCCAGAGAGAAGGCUCCCUCCAGGAAGAGCUAGCCCGGCAGCAUGCUAGCGAGAGGCUGAGACGGCAAUUUGCUGCCCAGGCUAACCUCAUCGGACCCUGGAUACAGACAAGGAUGGAGGUCAGAGAGUCAGCCAUCAGUUUAGUGUCUAGGGCUGGGGUCUCCAACCCUGUUCCUGGAGAGCUACUCUCCGGUAGGUUUUUGCUCCAACCCCAGUUGUAAUUAACCUGGUUCAGUUUAUCAACCAGUUAAUUAUUAGAAUCAGGUGUGCUAGAUUAGGGUUGGAGUGAAAACCUACAGGAUGGUAGCGCUCCAGGAACAGGGUUGGAGAGCCCUGGUCUAGGGGUACCUUUGGAACCGGAACAAAAACCUGACUUGCUCAUGUGCGUUGUUCUGACAGGAGAUUGGCCGCUGCUCCCUGGAGGUGGGCGGUACCCUGGAGGACCAGAUGACCCAGCUGAAGCAGUUUGAGCACGUCAUCGUCACCUACAAGCCCAACAUCGACAAGCUGGAGGGAGACCACCAGCUCAUCCAGGAGUCCCUGGUGUUUGACAACAAGCACACCAACUACACCAUGGAGGUACUGCAGAGCACCACAGAGAGACGGUCUCUGCAUGCAGUCUAUGAUGAUUGGAUGUGGUCAUGGGGAUAAUGAUGAUGGAUGUCAUCGAGAUUCCAAAGUGCAUUGUUGGGAAACAUUGGCAACUGAUUAAUCUGUCUGUGUCUAUAACUGUUUGUCUGAGUCCAUAUCUGUCUAUGUGUCUUGUCAUCAUGGUAACAGCACAUCCGUGUGGGCUGGGAGCUCCUCCUUACCACCAUCGCCCGCACCAUCAACGAGAUCGAGACCCAGAUACUGACCCGCGACGCCAAGGGCAUCAGCCAGGAACAGAUGCAUGAGUUCCGCUCCUCCUUUAACCACUUUGACCGGGUACAGUGCUCCUUCCGCUCCCUGGACUCCCGGGUUCUCUGAUUCAUAUAUUAACAUUUAACCUGAAUGGCAUGUUAAGUAGCAUAAUACCAGAAGCUGCGUAAGGAAACUGGGGUAAUAUAUUGUGGUUGAUACUGUACUACAACGGUCACUGCUCUCUGGGCUUGGUUGUUUAGACAGUCAAAAAAUAUAAUACAAAUAGAACUACUAUUGUAUGAUAGUGUAAUGUAUAUGUCUGAUAUUGGUUCCACAUUGUUGUAAUGCUUCAUGUUAUGGACACUUGCAUGUGUGUGUGAGACAGUUCUGUGCGACUAACACCCCCUCUAACACCUGGCCCCAGGAGGACACAGGCAAACUGCGUCGUGAGGAGUUCAAGGCCUGUCUGAUCAGCCUGGGUCAUGUGGGCAAUGACCAUCAGGUACUCAACCCUACUGACCUCUAACCUUUCAUGAUCCCUGACUGACCUCUCGCUGCUGACUUGGGCUUCUUCCAUCCCUUCUAGAACAGACCACACCUGCUGCUACCUAUCAUAUUUUCUGAGUUGUAUCAAUAUUUUGACAGUGGGCUCUACAGCAUGACGAUGUUAGUGGCAGCAGCUUUGGCCUGUUAUGACAGUUAAUUUAGAAAUGACUCCUAAAGUAUUUAUUGUCUCUCUCUCCAUGUCUUCUAAUGUUACUGUGUCACUGUGUCCAUCUGUCUGGUUGUGUGUGUGUCCAUGUCUCUGUGUUAGCUUUGGUCUUCUCCCCUUCCUGGUCUCCCUUCUGCUCCCUGUGUGGUGACCCACUCCCAACCUCCACCCUACGACCCUUGACCUCUGACUACAGAAGAAACACGGGGCGAUGGACACUGAUGACUUUAGGGCCUGUCUGAUCUCCAUGGGUUAUGAUUUGGUAGGGGUCUCAAUGUGCUCAUACAGAAUUACAGUACGCAAACAAUGCAUACUAAUACCAAGAGGUAUUAAUAUUCUAUGUGUGAUGACGUAAUGACGAAUAAAGAUAUGAGUGUUCUUUUCUCUGAUCUCUCUCCCUGAUCUCUCUCUCUCUCUUUGACUGUCAGGGUGAAGUGGAAUUUGCCCGCAUCAUGAUGCUGGUAGAUCCCAGUGCCACUGGCACAGUGUCAUUCCAAUCCUUUAUCGAUUUUAUGACCAGAGAAACCGCUGACACAGACACCGCUGACCAGGUCAUGGCAUCCUUCAGGAUUCUGGCAGCCGAUAAGGUGUGUGUGUGCGAGAGAGAGAGAGAAAGUGAAUGGGAGUGUGGCAAUUGAGUGGACCAUGUCAAUCACACAGAAGGGGCACAUUCAGUAUAACGGUAAACACACAUAUUAUUCUGUCAGAUGAUGAAAAUUUGCUAGAGCGGACUUCCCUAAAUGAGCCCCUGUUCUCUCCCCCUCCCCGUUCUUCUCCCCCCUCUACAGCCCUACAUCCUGGUUGAGGAGCUGAGGAGGGAGCUCCCCCCUGACCAGGCAGAGUACUGCAUCUUGAGGAUGGCCCCCUACAGUGGUCCAGGGGGACCCGCGGGAGCGCUAGACUACACCGACUUCUCCACUGCCCUCUACGGAGAGAGUGACCUCUAA